CACGAACGCGCGCGCACACUCUGCGUGAAAGUGGGUUUUUAGCACACCUCUGACGUCACUCCCGCACGUCAGCUUCUCUCGUCUCCAGUCGGCGUUAAUCUGUGGAGGAGUCUGAAGCGUCUCUGCGUCUCUCGGUGAGGAGUGGAGGAUCGUUAGCGCUUAUUAAAGGAUGCUGCAUGGGUUCACAGCGCUGCAGUGGCUUUGCUUCCUCUCAUUCCCACCCUGAGCAUGGACAACUAAAUUAAUACUAAAAGGGGACUAAAGGAGGACUAAUCACGCACUGAUCCACAUCAAGUGGGAGUUUAUCAUUCUAAUCAUUAACAAAAAUACCCAAAGGAGACACUUCAUCAUGUCGGCCAAAGAGAGACUUAAAGCCAGCAUGAGCAAAGAAAGCGUCACUCUGCUGCCCUGCUUCUACUUUGUGGAGCUCCCGAUCCUGGCCUCCUCAGUGGUCAGUCUGUACUUUUUGGAGCUGACAGACAUUUUCAAGCCUGUGCACUCGGGCUACAGCUGCAAUGACCGGAGCCUGAGCAUGCCCUACAUUGAUCCCACCAAGGAAGUCGUACCGUUUCUCAUGCUCUUCAGCCUGGCGUUUGUAAUUCCAGCAGCCACGAUUAUGAUCGGAGAGGGUAUCCUGUACUGCUUCCAGGUCAAAAGAAGGAUCAGCAUAAAAACCGAAGCCAACAUAAAUGCUGCUGGCUGUAACUUUAAUUCCUACAUCCGCCGGGCUGUGAGGUUUGUGGGUGUCCACAUCUUUGGCUUGUGCAUCACAGCCCUCAUCACAGACAUCAUCCAGCUGUCCACAGGGUACCAUGCUCCUUACUUCCUGACAGUGUGUAAGCCCAACUACACCAUCCUCAACACCACCUGUGAUGACGGUGCCUUCAUCGUGGAGGACAUUUGCUCAGGCUCUGACUCAGUAGCCAUCAACAUCGGAAGGAAGUCUUUUCCAUCACAACAUGCCACCUUGGCUGCAUUCGCUGCAGUGUACGUCUCAAUGUACUUCAAUGCCACCUUAACUGACUCCUCCAAGCUACUCAAGCCCCUAUUGGUCUUUUCCUUCAUCAUGUGUGCGGUCAUCUGUGGUCUGACUCGCAUCAUCCAGUUCAAAAACCAUGCCAUGGAUGUCUACAGUGGUUUCCUCAUCGGAGGAAGUAUAGCCAUCUACCUGGGUCUUUAUGCAGUGGGUAACUUUAAACCCAGCGAGGACACGUCCCUCCGGCAGCGGCCACGUCCGCAGCCACGUCCUCAACCCCCACCCAUGCAGAUUCCACCCCAGCCUCAGCCGAUCAUGCCUCCUCCGGCCCUCCGUGAGCCCCUGCGUCCUCUCCCUAACCUUAACACAGAGCCCCCACGCCUCCUUCAGCCAAAGAGUCUGAGCGUAAGGGAGCGUCCAACUUCAGCUCGCUCGGAAAGCAUCCUACUUAGAGGACCUCAUCGUGACUCUUCCUUCAGUCUGAAGAGGGCCAGCACUGAGUUGGAAUGCAUCACGGCUGCUAGCCACCUGUACCAGGACAGCAUGGUGACCUUCAGCAACACUCUGCCUCGUUCACACUCUAUAGGUGCGGAGGAACCAAUACCACGUCGUCACGCCGCGAUCCAUGCUUCCAUGGACUCCACACGAUCCAAGCAGUUGCUCUCACAAUGGAAGAGCAAGAAUGAGAACCGAAAGCUUUCAUUGCAGGCUGGAGAGGGUCCUGACGGGGGCAUGGAAGUACGCUGCAGCUCUGAACCCACUGCCAUGGGUCUGGAGGGGCCACCUGGACAAUAUAUGAAGAUGGCAGCCAGUGUUGUACCACUAGCUAACCACAAUGGUGGAGGAGGUGGUGGUGGUGGUGGAGCCAGGGUGUCCAUUCAGUCACGGCCAGGCUCAUCACAGUUAGUACACAUUCCUGAGGAGACACAAGAGAAUGCAUGCUCAUCUCUGCAGGAGGACAUGGAGGAAGUAAGUGAUGGUGGAGGAGGAAUGGUCGGGAAUGCAAGAGCAAAAUGGAUGAAGAUGGCAGAGAUGAGCGCCCCCUGCAGGACUAACAGCCAGCCACGGAUAAUGCAGGUGAUCGCCAUGUCUAAACAGCAGAGCAUCAUUCAUGGAAGCCCCAAGAGCGAGGGCAGUGCUGUCAGCCGCACAGGAUCCAUCCGUUACAAGGCACUGACAGAGCAGGACCCUGGCACAGGCAUCGUGCAUGUCGAUGCACAUCCGGAAAACAGAUCCAAUUCUGAUGCCGGUGGGUCUUGGAGGUGGAAGGCACCACCAGAGCGUGUCAGCGUGCGCCAGUGCUUUGAGCUCAACGAUCUCAACCGCAACUCAGAGAGUUGCGAUUCCCUUAAGGACGGCUCUGUACCUGAUAUGAACAACCCUCAUCAUCCACAUUUUCACCAUCAUCACCAUUUUCACCACCCACACCAACACCAUCAGGCCAUUACCACCAUCCGUGUGACACCUGUAGAGUCAAGCAGCGAAGCUGAGGCUGCCUCUGAGACGCUUUCUCUUGCCUCCAGCCGUGACUCCACCCUGCGCCGCAAAAACGUCAUCCUGCUGCCUGACCGAGGCCCGAGUCCGGACAAUGCCAGGAAUCUGCCACACUUUUUCAAAGCAUCCCCUACGCCUCCUCCCACUGUGACAUUCAAAGAGUGAACUCAAGCUCAUUCCAUCUUUUUGUUUCAGAGUGGCCUUGCUCUCUUACCUGACUCGCAGUUCUCUGGAAGGACAGACGGGAGUCACACUGGAUAUACAGUAUAUUUCCUUUUCACCUGUACUGGCUCCUUCCAACUUUGUAAGGUGGUGUUAUGUAUUUUCACAUUUUUUGAUGUACUGUGACAUUGAAAAAGCACAAAAGUUCUUUUUUUGCGACUCUUUCGCAAGGGUGGUUUU